AAACACACACGCGCUGAAAGAAAAAAAGAACAUUCGAAACGUUCGGUCACGGUGCCACAAUCAGCUAGCUGCUAGUGCACGAUUGGCAACACCAUCCACACCACAGCCGAAUCCGAUCACCGUUUAGUGCUCUGCCUUCAAAAUGUCCUUCCUCGUUCGCCAGCUAGCCCAAGCGUGCACCCGGCUCGGCACGUCCGCCGCUGCGCGGGGCUGCCUCCAGCGCAGCGCCCUGCUGCACACCGGCCGGACGCUGUCGGUGGCCCAGGUCCAGCAGCCCGCCCCAUCCUUCCAGGGUACCGCCGUCGUCAACAGUGACUUCCGCGAAAUCAAGCUCGCCGACUAUCGGGGCAAAUAUUUGGUGCUGUUUUUCUACCCGCUCGAUUUUACGUUCGUGUGUCCGACCGAAAUCAUUGCCUUUAGCGAUCGGAUCAACGAGUUCCGGGAGCUGAACACGGAGGUGGUCGGCGUGUCGGUCGACUCGCACUUCUCCCACCUGGCCUGGAUUAACACGCCGCGGAAAGCGGGCGGGCUCGGCAAGCUCGAGUAUCCACUGCUCGCCGACCUGACCAAGCGGAUCAGCGCCGACUACGGCGUGCUGCUGCCGGACGGCAUCUCGCUGCGCGGCCUGUUCAUCAUCGAUCCGGCCGGCGUGGUGCGCCAGAUCACGAUCAACGAUCUGCCGGUUGGGCGGUCGGUGGACGAGACGCUCCGCCUGAUCAAGGCGUUCCAGUUCGUGGAGAAGCACGGCGAGGUGUGCCCGGCCAACUGGGAGCCGAAGUCGAACGCGGCCACCAUCAAGCCGAACCCGAAGGAUUCGCGCGAGUACUUCGAAAAGCACGGCAAGUAAGGCACGGUGGCGGCGUUUAAGGGAUGGGGGGAGAGCAACCAGGAGCAGCAUAUACCUGUGACAUUCUUUAUGUAAUAAUAAAAACAAGGGCUCGAGUAGCCUGGGGCAUUUCCUUUUGCAAAGCUUA